AUGCGCGAGGGGGCGGUGGCAGCUGUGGUCGAGAAGGGUCCCGGGCGGCCAGAUCCCACGCCGGCGGCGCGGGCAGGAGAAGCCCGCGCCGCGGGCGCGGGGCACGAGGCCGAGCCGGCGCUGCUGCAGCAGGGGUGGGGCGGCCUGGUGUUCGAGCUCGGCGUGCUGUGCACGGGCGUCUACGUGACGGCCGAGGUGAUCGGCGUAGAGGAGCUGGGGGAGAUGCUGGCGCCCCUGAGCCGCUGCGUGCCCAUGUUCCCUUGCCCGGCCUCCCCGGAGGUCCCACAGUUCGGGGCCGCCGGCCCACAGAACGUCGUGCGCGGCGGUAGAGGCCUCUACGACCAAUUCGGCGCCAUCGAGCACGUCCGCCGCUUCUGUGGCAACGUCUUCCCCGACGGGCCUGUGCGCAGCGAUCUGCGCGAGCGCCUCCUGGAAGCAAGCAUGACGGCCCUGCGUCUCGCAGACUGCUGCGCUCUGGGCAAAACUAACGUUGAGAUGGCCACCGAGCGCGCGAACCGUUCAGCACCUGGCCCCGACGGGCUCCCAGAUCCCCUGGCGGCGCCCACGGCCAGGUGUUGGCUUCCGCAAGCCGAGGCCGCGCGCGACGCGGAGCAGGUCUCGGACGCCGGCUGGCCCCACGCGCAGCUCUCCAGCCCGCUGGGCUACUCCGCGGACGAGCUGCUGCUCCCGCCGCCGGAGGAGCAGGUGCGGGUCCCGCCGCUGGCGCCGCUGGUGGGCGCCCCGGGGUCGCCGCCGUCCGAGGAGGAGAUAUCCCCAGCGAACCAGUGGGCGAAGGUGCUCGCUGACACCAUCGAUCCGCCCGAGGUGUCUGCGGCCGUCCACGCCCGCGGCAUCGUCGGGCAGACGUGCAAGGAGGUGUGCCUCCAGUGCCACCUGGACAUGCAGGUCAACCUGCACAAGAUGACAUGCGAUUGCUUUGCGGAUUGUCUGCGAGGCACUCUGCCUGCCAUCUACGCGGGCAUGUUCAGCGUGCAAGACUGUUGGUGGCUCCCGCUGUCGGAUCGCGCCACCGGGUGCUGCGACCCCACCAACGCGUUGAACGACCUCCGGCGGCGGUUCCUGCGCCCCGACGCUCGCUUCACGAUGCCCGCGGUAGACCUCACGGGGCUUCCGCUCCCCUCCUUGCACCGAGCGCUCUGGUAUGACAUCGUGCCACCAAUUGCGGCCGAGGCGUCCCUUGGCGAGGACACGGAGCCCUGCCAAGAGAUCGUAGGCCUCCUGGACCCCGCAUCCACGAAGCUCCACCCCGAUCUGGCGUGGCGAGCUGGGUAUGCCUGGACGCAGAUGCCCGCACUCGGACGAUGCAGGUGCUGCAGGCCCAAGCUGUGCCUGAGCUGCUCCGCGUGGGCGACGCACCAUCACCCGCGUCGCCAGGGCGCCAGCAAGGUCAUGGACUGGCACGUGCUCACUGGCUCCAACCUCCUGGCCAGGUCCCAGAACCGCGGCCCGCUCGGCGAGUGGGUGCAGCUCAGCGGCCCAGAGCGCAACGACCCCGUCGGACGGGGCCGCUGCUGGCACUCCACCGGCCGGGCCUUCACGCUGCGCUGA